AUGCCAACGCUAAUGCCAACGCCAAUGCUGAAAGUGAAGGAGCUCCAGGCUUUGGGGGUGGUUUCGGGAGGCCAGGAUUCGAAAGAGGUCCGGGUGGAUUCGGAGGCCGGCCAGGAGGGUUCGGAGGACCAGGACAAUUCGGAGGAGCAGGACAAUUCGGAGGACAAGGAGGAUUCGGAGGACCAGGAGGAUUCGGAGGACCAGAAGGACCAGGAGGAUUCGGAGGACCAGGAGGAUUCGGAGGACCAGGAGGAUACGGAGGAUUCGGCGGCAACGCUAACGCUAACGCUGUUGCAAACGCCGAAGGAAAUGGUUUCGGAGGAGGAAAUGCCAACGCUAAUGCCAAUGCUAACGCCGACUCCAGAGGGGGCAAUGCUAAUGCCAACGCUUCUGCUAAUGCUGAGAGCUUCGGCAAAUAAGAGUUUAUUUCGAUAG